AUGGAGCGGGCGGCGGGGCCGGGGGCAGCGCUGGCCGCCUCGCUGGCCGAGGGGCUCAUCAAGUCUCCGCGGCCGCUGAUGAAGAAGCAGGCGGUGAAGCGGCACCACCACAAGCACAACCUCAAGCACCGCUACGAGUUCCUGGAGACGCUGGGGAAGGGCACCUACGGGAAGGUGAAGAAAGCCCGGGAGCGCUCCGGCAAGCUGGUGGCUAUCAAGUCAAUCCGGAAAGACAAAAUCAAGGAUGAGCAGGACCUUGUCCAUAUCCGGCGAGAGAUUGAGAUCAUGUCCUCCCUCAACCACCCCCACAUCAUCGCUGUACACGAAGUGUUUGAGAACAGCAGCAAGAUCGUCAUCGUGAUGGAGUACGCCAGCAAGGGGGACCUGUACGACUACAUCAGCGAGCGGCAGCGGCUGACAGAGCAGGAGGCACGCCACUUCUUCCGGCAAGUCGUGUCGGCCGUCUACUACUGCCACAAGAAUGGGAUCGUUCACAGGGACCUGAAGCUGGAGAACAUCCUUCUCGAUGCAAAUGGGAACAUCAAGAUUGCAGACUUUGGCCUGUCCAACGUUUACCAGCAGGACAAACUUCUGCAGACUUACUGUGGCAGCCCUCUCUAUGCGUCCCCCGAAAUCAUCAACGGGAGGCCGUACAAGGGCCCGGAGGUGGACAGCUGGUCCCUGGGCGUUCUCCUCUACAUCCUGGUCCACGGCACGAUGCCGUUCGAUGGCCACGACUACAAGACUCUGGUCAAACAGAUCACGAGUGGGGACUACCGGGAGCCCACGAAGCUGUCGGAUGCCUGCGGGCUGAUCCGGUGGAUGCUGAUGGUGAACCCGGAGCGCCGCGCCACCAUUGAGGACAUUGCCACGCACUGGUGGGUGAACUGGGGCUACAAAGUGCCCGUCGGGGAGCAAGAGCUGCUGCGAGAGAGCGAGUCCCCCCUAGCCACGGUGGCAGAGUGGCUUCGCCGCUCCUCCCGGCCCCUCCUGGAGAACAGCUCCAAGGUGCGAUGCUUCUUGAAGCAGCACAUCCCUGGCGUGGCCCUGGAGCGGCAGCGCUCCCUCAAGAAGUCCAAGAAGGAGAACGAUGUCUCCCACGUGCUGCAGGAGGUGGCCCUGGUCCCGGAGAACCCCUCUAAGUCCAUCCUCAAGCGACCCAAGGGCAUUCUGAAGAAGAGAAACUCCUGCGAGCAGAAGGUUCCCGGCCCCGGUCCGCCGCUGGCAGCACCCACAGGAGAGGUGAGGGGUGAGGAUGGCGAGGUGGCUGCUGCAGGUCUCACCCGGAUCCUGUCCUCUGGGAUGCUGCCUUGCAGCAUGGGUGUUGGAGUGCUGCCCACGGCCAUGCCCAAGAAGGGAAUACUGAAAAAGCCCUCGACAAGGGAGUCGGGGUAUUACUCGUCCCUGGAGUGCUGCGAGUCUGGGGAUGUCCUGGAUGCACGGAGCUUGGACCUCGAUGGGAGCGUGUUUGCUGACACCCCCUCCCCAGAGCAGGGCCCCCAGGGUCUCCCUGUCCGCCGGAAAGGCAUCCUCAAGCACAAUGGCAAGUACUCCUCUAGCAGCACCAAGCCGGACAGCCCCCCCGGGCAGGGCUUCAGGGGCUUCAGCGAGGUUCCCCUGCCCCAUGUGCCCCGCGCCCGCCCGUCCAGCGCUGUGAGCGAGGACAGCAUCCUCUCCACGGAGUCCUUUGACCAGCUUGACCUGCCCACCCGUGCCCCCCAUGGCGGUGGGGGCAUGCGGGGCUGCGUCUCUGCCGACAGCCUCCUCCGGCUGGAAGAGGAGGAGGAGGUGGAGGAAGGGCGCAGGCUGCGCCGCUGGACUGUGACCCAUUGCCGGAGCCCCCUGGGAGAGAGCAGCUUGUCCCUGGCGGGCUGCGACAACGUCACCGAGGUCUACCGACGUGCUGUGGCCAUCAGCAUGAAGCUGAGCUGA